AUGACUGAGCCCGAGCCCCCGGCCGUCGCCGCCCUAUCACUUGCCGAUACAGCGACACAGCCCGUCUCAAAAGCAACAGAGCAGAAGAUUGACCCCUGGGAUGUCUCAGCAGGAGUCGAUGAGGAGGGAAACGAGAAAGAAUUUGACUACGUCGCCAUCUCGAAGCAGUGGGCCACAAAGCUCAUCGACGAACCGCUGCUUGAGCGAUUCGAGCGCAUCACAGGCCAUAAGCCGCAUCGCUGGUUACGGAGAGGCCUCUUCUUCUCACACCGUGAUUUGGAGCUAAUCCUGGAUACAUAUGAGCGCGGAGACGACUUCCUCCUAUACACUGGUCGCGGCCCUAGCAGCGAUGCCAUGCAUAUUGGUCACACGAUACCCUUUGAGUUCACAAAGUGGCUGCAAGAUGUCUUCGACGUUCCCCUAGUCAUCAUGUUGACCGAUGACGAAAAGUUCUUGUUCAAGGAGAAGCUGAAGCAAGAGCAAGUCUAUGAGUUUUCACGGCAGAACGCCAAGGACAUCAUUGCCAUUGGUUUCGACGUCAAGAAGACUUUCAUGUACAUUGACUCCGAGUUCUUCUCGUCCGGCUACAACCGACACUUCAGUCUCAACACCACCGAGUUCGAGAAAUUGAUAACCAACAACCAAGUACGGGGCGCAUUCGGUUUCCAUGGCUCAACCAACAUUGGCAGUAAUGCCUUCGCAGCCAAGCAAUGUGUUGCUGCUUUUGCUUCAUCAUACCCUUUCAUCUGGGGCGAAGAUCACAAGACCUACAAACGCUCCAAGAAGCUCGCUUCCAUGCCCUGUCUGAUCCCCUGUGCCAUUGAUCAAGACCCCUACUUCCGCCUGGUUCGUGAGAACUGCCACCGGAUGGAUCUCCCCUCACCAAAACCAGCGCUUAUCCACUCCAAAUUCCUGACUUCAUUGCAAGGUGCUGGUGGCAAGAUGAGUGCAUCGGAUGCCAACACUGCUAUAUACAUGAGCGAUACGCCGAAGCAGGUCAAGACCAAGAUCAACACGAAGGCCUUCUCUGGUGGCCAAGAAACACUAGAACUCCACCGCGAGAAGGGUGGAAACCCUGAUAUUGAUGUACCGUAUCAAUACAUCGCCUACUUCGAAGACGAUGACGAAAAGCUCAAGAAGCUAGCGGAAGACUACCGUAAAGGUGAGCUGUUGACCGGCGAGAUGAAGAAGGAAUGCGUAGAUAUCAUGACUGUGUACGUCAAGCAGUUCCAAGAAGCAAGAGCAAAGGUCACAGACGAGAUGCUAGAUGAGUUCCUCCGGCCGCGGAAGUUAGAUUGGAAGGGUAACCCCAACCCUACCAAGCCGAAGCUCGAACAGCCGGCCCAGGAAACUGAGAGUGGUGGCCCUACGUUGGACGCUGACGGAAAGCCGAUGACUAAGAAUGCUAUGAAGAAGGCGGCUAAGAUGGCUGAGGUCGAGCGCAAAAAGAAAGAGAAGGAAGCUGCUGCUGCUUCGAAGCAGUGA